AAAAACAAUAUUAAAAAUUUCCAUCAAAGUGUAAUAAAAAUAAAAAUAAAUAAAUAUUGCUUGCUAUAAAUAAAAGAGUAAAAAAAAAAAAAAACAUUCAAUGUGACUUUAAUUAAGUAAAAAGUCAGAGUCAGUGUUACGAGGAUAGAGUGAUUCUUGACCGGCAUUAUAGAAGGUCACAACCUCCAUCGAGGUCCUGGUGACCAUGCAUUGGCCCUUCCAUGUAUGCAGCCCAAGGAAGUAAACGAGAAAUCAAGUUAUUCAUGAUGAUGAUGAUGAUGAUGCUCAUGACGAUAUAUCAACUUGCCAACAAUUUUGUAUAAAAUAUCAGUUGUUGUCAAUGAUGAUGAUGAUGUUGUUGAUGUUGCUGAUGAUGUUGAUGAUGUUGAUGAUGAUGAUGGUAGUGGUGGAAAUUAACGAUUCUAUACAAAAAGCGCAAGCGCAAAAAACCAGCGGGGAAAGUACUUAAACCAAGUCUCGAGAACAUUUAAUUCUGAGGCCAUUCUUGUCUUGACUGCCAUUCAGUUAAUUUAUAAUAAUUGUUUUAAUUUAUAAUACAUUUUUUUUUUUAUCAAACAUAAAUUCAUUGCCAAUAUUUUAAAUACUUUUAUAUCUUAUAAAAUAAAUUUACGCUCAGAUUAUUAAAUAAUAGUUUUGAAAAAUAUAAAAAUAUAAAAUACAAUUAAUUUAUUUUAUUUUAUUUUAUUUUAUUUAUAAAUUAAUAAUAAAUAAAAGUGAUAUUUUUAUAAUGAUAGCUGUUGUUUAAAGUGUUUGAUAAACGAAUAUUUAAAUUGUUUAUAAUUGUCCAUAAUGGAAAAAAUGGAUGAACAAAUGGAAAUACAAGAUGAAUCAUUUGAUGAAGUUGGUAGUUUAAUAUUUUCACCACCACCAAUGAUUAAAUCAGAUACAAAAGAUAGCAUAUCAUCAAUUGAUAGUGAUAUUAGUAUUUCAUUUGAUCGUAGAUGUUCAAAAGAUGAAGAAGCUGAUUUAUCUGAUUCAGCAAGUGGUACAGAUGAAACUGAUAGAAUAUUAAAUACUAAAAAAAUUAAAAAAAUAACAAUAAAUUCAACUAAAAAAUUAAGUAACAAUACAACAGAUAAUAAUAAUGAUAAAAUUAAUAAUGAAUUAAAAAAUUUAAUAAUAAAUAAUGAAAUAAAAAAUUCAGCAAUAAAUAAUGAAACGAAUAAUAUUAAAAAUGAAGAUGAAGAAGAAGAUGAAGAAGAAAUAAUAAUAAGUGAUGAAUUAGCUGAAAAAAUAACAAGUCAAGUUGAAUUUUAUUUUUCUGAUGAUAAUAUAAUAAAAGAUGCAUUUUUAUUAAAACAUGUUAAAAGAAAUAAAGAAGGAUAUGUAUCAUUAAAAUUAAUAUCAAGUUUUAAAAGAGUUAAACAUUUAAGUAGAGAUUGGAGAGUUGUUGGUAAAGCCUUGAGAUUAAAAUCUAAAAAAUUACAAGUCAAUGAACUUGGUACUAAAUUAAGAAGACUAAAUCCAUUGCCACAGUAUGAUCAAACAUUACCAUCAAGAACAAUUAUUGUAUCAAAGCUACCAAUUGAUAAAUUAACAAUUGAAAAUGUUGCUGAAAUAUUUCGUAAAUGUGGUGAAAUUGCAUUGAUUAGAAUACUUAGACCUGGACAUCCUGUACCAGCUGAGGUAAGACAAGCAAUUGCUAAAAAAUCAGAGCUUGGAAAUGAUGAUGAAUGUGCAUUAAUUGAAUUUACUGAUUCAUCAUCAGCAAGAAAUGCACAAAAAUUAAUAAUUGGUAAUGCUAAAAUAUAUGAACUUCAACAAUUUUCAUCAAAUGAUAAAAAAAGAAAACAACAAUUAAAUCAACAAAAAGAACAACAAAAUGGUAAAAAAAAUUUAACACUUAGAAUGUCAACAGCAAGAGAAAAAUCAUAUAUUAAUUCAUCAAGUUGUCCAAGUGGUUCUGAGGAUGAUAUAAGAAAUUUUAGAAUUUCUAAAAAUCCAAGAAUACAAAAUAGAAAUAUAUUUGCACCAGUAACAAGUCCAUAUCAAGGUCCACCAUCACCAGAUGUUUGGCUUCCACGUCGUUUUUCAGCAUGUUCAAUUGGCUCAGCAGAUAAUCCAAAUAAUUUAUUAUUAAGACGUUUAUCUGGUUGUUCAAAUUCAGGAUCAAAUUCUGAUACUGGUUCUUAUCCAGGUACACGAAGAUUUUCAUCAUGUUCAUCAAGUUCAGAAAAUGGUUAUUCAUCACCAUUAUUUCAUCAUCAUCAACAACAACAAUCACAUCAAAAUCCACUUUAUCCAUCAUUUAAUUAUUGGACAAAUCAAACACCAAGAAGAUUUUCAUGUUGUACAACAACUGGAACAACUGGAUUAUCAAAUAAUAUACCAGCUGGUUAUGGUUUUGAUUAUAAUUCACCUUUUUAUCAAACUGGUAGACGUGCAUCAGCUGAUUGUGGACCAUUUUUACGACGUUUAUCAAAUUGUAGUCGUGAUUCUGGUUAUGAUGGAACAAGAAGAGCAUCAUCAUGCUCAUCAUCAUCUGAUUCAUGCUCUGGUUUUCGUUCACGUAGUAAUAGUGGAUUUGUUUUAAUGGCACAUUUACCAGAAAAUGUUACGAGAAUGCCAUCUGGACCUGAUGGAACACGUGGAUUUGGUAGAAAUAAUAAUCAUUCAACUAAUCAUUCACAAACAAUUGUGCCAUCUUGUUAAUUUUAUAAUUUAUAAUCAAUGAAAAAUAAUUAAAAUGCUUCAUUGUGAUUUGACUUUUAUAUAAUUGUAUAUAUUUAUUUUAUUAUUGUCUUGAAUACAGAUGUUGGACAAUAUGUACACAAUGAUGAUGACUUUUUUAAUUAUCAUACAAGUUUUUAUUAAAAAAAAAAUCAAACGAAAGACUU